GUGGAAUUGGGGCUUGAUUGCGUGCAGCGUGAUGUGACCCGGGCUCCCACGUUAAACCCCACGGUCUCCGGUGUGGACGUGGACAGCCCCCAGUGGUUCGGCUCUUUGUUGGCCCGCUCCGUGUCCGCAUCAGGCGGCCAUGAUGUGCAGCCGGACUCGGUUUGCUCCCACGGACGCUUCCACGGCCCCGACUAUAAUGAGAGGAACACGGGAAGACACAGAAGCGAAGAGUGCUCCUGCCGAGGCCCCCAAACACACCACAGUCCGACCGAGGAAGAGGAAGGCAGAUGUUGCUAUUGUUUUACCGGAUCUGGAUGAGGAGGUAGCAGAGAUGACGAAGAAGAAGCAGCGCGACUGAUCGCGCGAGUCCGCAGAGGUGGAUCCCACGCCUGAUCAGGAGGAGCGCCCGCCCGUCCCCCUGGUCAAUGCCAGCUUUCCUCAUUACAGCUUCCACAGCACGUGUGUGACACCCGUGCACCACGCGCCACUGCCCGCGCUCUGCUGGGCCAGUAAGGACGCCGUGUGGAACAACAUGCUGGAGAAAGACAAGACCUACACCAGAGACGUCCACAUGAUGGACAAACAUCCACACCUGCAGCCCAAGAUGAGGGCCAUCCUCCUGGACUGGCUCAUGGAGGUGAGCGAGGUCUAUAAGCUGCACAGGGAGACAUACCACCUCGCUCAGGACUACUUUGAUCGCUUCAUGGCCACCCAGAGGAACGUCCUCAAAUCCACGCUGCAGCUCAUCGGCAUCACCUGCCUGUUCAUCGCCGCCAAAGUUGAGGAGAUGUAUCCUCCUAAAGUCCACCAGUUUGCCUACGUGACAGACGAGGCCUGCACAGAAGACGAGAUUCUCAGCAUGGAGAUCAUCAUCAUGAAGGAGCUGAAGUGGAGCCUGAGCCCGCAGACUCCCGUGUCCUGGCUCAAUGUUUACAUGCAGGUGGCUUACCUGAAAGACACGGACGAGCUCCUCCUCCCCAGAUACCCGCAGGCCACCUUCACGCACAUCGCAGAGUUGUUGGACCUGUGCAUGCUGGACGUGCGCUGCCUCGAGUUUUCCAACGGCGUUCUCGCCGCUUCGGCGCUGUUUCACUUCUCAUCCCUGGAGCUGGUGGAGAACGUGUCAGCUCUGAAGAGGGUGGAGGUGGAGGAGUGCGUGAGGUGGAUGGUGCCGUUUGCGAUGGCGCUGCGAGAGGUCGGCAGUUCGCUGAUGAAAACAUUCCCGGGAAUCUCCGCGGAUGACAUGCACAACAUCCAGACACACGCCCCCUACAUGACCUGGCUGGAAAAGGCGUACUCCUACCAGGAGGUGGAGCUGCAGCGUCACGGCGGCUGCCCCGUCCCCUCGGGCGUCCUGACUCCGCCCCUGAGCAGCGAGAAGACAGACGAGCCGGAUCGAGGCGAGGCCACCGUGGUUAAGAUCAGAGCCAGCAUGGAGUCUCCGCCCCCCCAGUAGCAGAGCGCUGCUGACGCCGGCGGGACGGGAAAGCUCGGCGUGUUGGAUUUGAGUUUCAGCUGAGAUUAAAUUUUUAAUUCCAGGGAGGGGAAACAGUAUUUUGUGCUUUCAGGGAGCUUCUCAGAGCCUCUGUGGGCGCUGCCGAUGGUAGCGAGGCGACGCUGCGGUCUGAGCGCGAGCAGAGGAGACUUUGUUUUCAUGCUUUUUAUUAGCGGUGCUGCUGAACGCUCGCAUCAAGUCCAACCACGCCUUUAUUUUCUAUGCAGAGGCCAAACUGAGGAGACCUUUAGGGUGUGUGUGUGUGUGUGUGUGUGUGUGUGCGCGCGUGUGUAAAUAAAUUAGUGGCCUCAUUUGCCCACAAACUAUUUCUAGGGUCAUGUUUGGCUCUACGUGCUGCUAUAAAGUGGGCUGAGCAUGAUGGGAACACUGUGUGUGUGUGUGUGUGCGUGCGCGUGCGUGCGUGCGUGCGCCUUUUUAAUGGGCCCAGUGUGGCCAUGUUCUGCUUGGGGACCGGUAGCUUGGCUACCUUAAUGGCAGGUGAACCAGCUGGGCUUCAGAAGCUAAAUGUUGAUUGUACUGAACUUUGAACUUUGACCUUUUUAAUCCCAAAAAUCUCUCUACAUGAUUUUUGUUUGUUUUUUAAUGAAAUGCUGCUACAUGUUUUCCAAUAAAGGUUUUUAAGCUCUUUGA